UUGCAGCAAUUCAGAGAAGCAGAUAAGUUUGUUAGCUAUUUGGGGAGUGAGCAAACAUAUAAAUAGAAAGCCGAAGCAAGGAAAAAGUUAAAAACAAUUUUUGUUGAAAUUUGCAAACAAUUACAAAAUCGCAGUAAAAAUGUUUAAAGUGUCAUUUGCUGUGCUCCUGUUGGCCGCUGCUGCCAGUGCUGUGCACAUUCAACAACGUUAUCAUGGUCAAGACAUCUACGCCGAACCCGAUUGCUCCAUCGUAACCGAUCACUCGCGCAUGUUCCGUGACAUAUCCGAUCCGACACACUACUGGAUCUGCCCUGAGGGUCAGGAGAAGGCCGAUUACAUACAAUGCCCGGACAAUUACGCAUUCAUGGAGAAGGAGCAAAAAUGCGUCGUAUGGGAGGAAUGGAAGUGGGUUGAACCAUACACUAAAUAAAUUUUAUAACGAAAAGUUGACACUGACCAAAUUGAAUAAAAUGCUUUGAAAAUAAA